GAUGUAGCCGGAAGUCGGCCUACACAACAUGUACAGUUGGCAAAAUGAUAGCCGGUUACAGCGCUACUGUCCAGACAAUUCUGGGAACAUUGUUUACAUGGGGACUCACAGCAGCUGGAGCAGGACUGGUGUUUGUGUUCCAGAGCAAUCAGAGAAAGGUGUUGGAUGCCAGCCUGGGCUUUGCUGCUGGUGUGAUGACCGCAGCAUCCUAUUGGUCACUUCUGGCCCCAGCCAUAGAAAUGGCUGAACGUUCUGGUCUGUACGGAGAACAGGGCCAGUGGGCCUUCCUUCCUGUCAGUAUAGGGUUUAUACUAGGGGCCAUCUUUGUGUAUGGUGCCGAUGUUCUCAUGCCAUAUAUAGGAGCCAACAGUUCUAACCUCAUUGUCACACUAGAAGCAACUUCAUCUAAAGUCGAAAAGGAGGAUAAUGUACAUAUAGACUUUAACCAAACUAAUUACACAUCUCGAGAACCAUUUUCAUUAACAACGAAUCCUGCCCAGCGUAGGAAACAGCCCAGUAUAGGCCCAGAGUCACACAGGGAUGAUAUAGACAUAGAGGAACACAACCUAGGAGGGGCGACCUCUGUAGGCAUUCAGUGGAAACGCAUACUGUUACUAAUUAUAGCAAUAACUAUACAUAACAUUCCAGAAGGGUUAGCUGUGGGAGUGGGGUUUGGUGCUGUAGGUAAAACACCUUCUGCUACAUUUGAAAAUGCCAGAAAUUUAGCCGUAGGAAUAGGUAUACAGAAUUUUCCUGAGGGACUGGCAGUCAGUUUACCAUUACGUGGCUCUGGCAUGUCAGUGUGGAAAAGUUUCUGGUAUGGACAGCUGAGUGGGAUGGUGGAGCCAAUAGCAGGUCUGUUUGGAGUGGUGGCCGUUUCUAUAGCCGAGCCUCUCCUACCCUACUCUUUAGCCUUUGCUGCUGGGGCCAUGAUAUAUGUAGUUGUUGAUGACAUCAUACCAGAGGCACAAACUUGUGGGAAUGGUCGUCUAUCCACCUGGGGGACAAUUGUAGGCUUUGUGGUGAUGAUGUCAUUGGAUGUUGGUUUGGGCUAGGAAGAUAUAAAUUAUAAAGAUACAUUCCUGUGACAAAACAGCUGCAAGGAAACCUUACACACAACAAACACGUACAACAUGACAACAAAGUGCCUUCAAUACCAGAUGUAUAUGGAUUUAUGUCAUUGAUAUAUUUAGAUCUGUUCAUUAUUUGUAUUUCGAAAUAAUAAAACUAUUUCAUUGAU